AUGCCAACAACAGGAGGAUUUAUAUUUGCAUUGACAUCAGGAGCAGCAAUAAGAUUAUUCCAGACAGGUUUGAGCGGCUCUCCACCAAAAUUUUCUCAAAAAUUGAUAGGAUAUGGAUCAACAAUGACAAUAACUGGAUUAUUUUAUUAUUAUAUAUUAGAUCCAGCAAUACAGUCUAAUAGAGAAUUACUAGUCAGAAGAUUAGGGGCAUUAAGAGAGCAAAGAUCACAAAAGAAUAAAUUAAUGGAAGGACUUGAAGAAGAAGAAAAUAGAUUAUUUGAUUCAAAUAGAAGAGGUAGAUUUUUUGCAUUAUUUGAUAAAUAUAGUCAACCCUAUAAAUAG